AUGGCUUCCGCCAUUAAUAAUCCAGUCGACCAGGAAGAAGUUGUUAUCGUGGAGAUCGAGCCACCAGCAGAAGUCCACCAUGGAACAUUCAUUUUCGCCAUAGCAUUUGUUCUGAAAUGCAUCCUCUACAUCGUUAGUCUACUGGAACGUUUUAGUCGCCUCUGGAUGUACUAUUACCCACGAUUAUUUGGGGAAAUCAUACUUCCACCCCCACUUAAGUUUAUUAUCAUCGGUUUAGCUACUUUCGCUGAAAUGAAGUCUCAGGGGUCCGAAUUUCCUUUCAAAACCCACCCUCGGUCCAUGAAUGUCGCCGUUACCAGUCUACUCUUUUAUGGUUUGGCUUCAGCAGCCCAACAUUUCAUUUCUGCAUGCACACGUCUUGGUCCGGCUUCAGUUUCUGCCAUUGUUGCUUGUUGGAAUUAA